AUGAAUAGGGGAAUUUGUUUUCAUUUGAGGGUGGAAAUUGUUUAUGACAAAAAGGAAAAAAAUCUCAAAACAAAACCAAAUAACAAAUUAACCAAUACUGAAUUAGCAACUGGAACAGCGGGUCUGGAUGAAGAAAAAAAGACACAAAAUGAAGAAAGAGUCAAGAAAAAACGUAAAAUUAAAGAAAUUUAUUAUACAAAGGCAGUUGAAAAGGGCGAGGAAAAUUUAAAGUCUUCACAUUUACAGCAACCAAUCGAAGAAAAUAUUAAAAAGAAAAAACCUAAAGAGAAAAAUAUAACAGAAGUAGAGAAUCCCAAAACAGUCCUAGAAACAUGUGGAAUGCAAAAAUCACAGCAGUAUAAUUCAAAAAUAUGUAAAAAACUUAAUGUAAAACGAAGUUCAAAAAAAUGCUCAGCUAAUGUGCCAACAGAGAUUCCAGAAUGUUAUCCACCACAAAAUCAACAAGGAGAUGUAGUUUUAAAGAAAAAAGUUAAAGGUCUGUCCAUUUCUCCCGCUGAAACGGAUCUUAAACACCACUCUCAAGAACAACAGCAAUCAGAUCUCGAACAUUAUCAAAGAAAAGCUUAUAUCUUUAUGAAAACUUUAAAAAAAGACUACAAACGUCUGGCCAUCAUCUACAAUUCCUGUCUUAAGGCUGAGCAAGAAAGGAUACAACGAAAUGAACAAGAAAUCGAUGAGUUAAAAAAGCAAUACAAUCAAAUGCAGGUGGAAAGAACAAAUAUAAAACGUAAACGCUGGUGUCGUUAUUGCGAAUCUGAGGCUACUUAUCUUAGUACAGUGGGCUUAAAUUUCUAUUGUUCCCAGUCAUGUGAACAAAAACAAAAUGAUCUUGUAAGUGCUAUGGAGCAGUCUUUUCAAUAA